AUGGCUUCGGUUAAUGGUACUCAGUCUCUAGAAGACAUGAUAACGGAGAUCACGAGCCCUCUUACGACUCAUAUGGAUUUAAAUGCCUUCAAGAAAAUAUAUGAUAGAAUAAAUAUUGAUCCACAUGGUCCAGAAUUAGCGCUUCGACUUCUUGCCCAUAAAAUACAAUCUCCAGUGGAAAAAGAAGCGCUUAGCACUUUAGUGAUCUUGGACUUGUGUGUUCAAAACUGCGGUCCUAAUUUUCAUAGAGAGCUGGGCAAGUACAAAUUUUUAAAUGAAAUGAUGAAAGUUUUGCUGCCCAAGCACCUUGGUUUAAAUACUCCUCAAAGUGUUCGCGAAAGGUGCAUUAUGCUUAUGUUUGUUUGGCAACGAGAUUUUGGCGAUAAAUAUCCGAAACUAAAGGAAGCAUAUCAGGCGCUGAAAGCACAGAAUAUCAUCACCGAAGAUCCAGUCAUUCAAGACGAUUCCGAGAGGAAUAGGGAUAGAAUGGCUAACAGAACUGACAUCUUCGGUAAUAGUCGCUACAAGGAUAAAUUGGCUAGACUGCUAAAGAGUAAAAAUCCAGAGGACUUUCGGGAAGCUAAUGCAAUCAUCAAGAGCAUUGUUAACGAAGAGAUAGUGGCGAAUAUUAAACGGACACGCCCAACUAUCUUCGAAUUGGCUCUCACCGAUGAUGAUCGUGUGGAGGGAUUUUUGACUGAUGUUAUCGAAACAUGCAGUCGUGCAUCCAGUGUUCUUGAACGGUAUGAAGUUGAAGUCCUACACAAACCCCCUUCUACAGUUGAAGAUCCCGCCAUAUUCUUAGUAGACAAGCACGAAAAUCGCCUGCCACCUUCUCAACCGACUUCAAAUACAUCAGCCGAUGACCUGCUAACAAUGUCCCCGAGUACCAACCACGAACUUCUGCAACAGGAUCUUUUGAAUUUGGGCAUUGGUGAUUCACUUUCUCCUCGAAAUCAAUCUCCUUCACUCUCGGCUGCUCCGAAGUCCUCAGCACAGUCCAAUGUGAAUUUAUUGGACAGACUACUGUCCAACUCUCCCAAAAAUCAGACGCAACCACCACAGUCCUCCCAAAACAUUGCUCUAAGAUCCACGCUAAAUUCCAACGCACCACCACCACCACCAGGCAACAUUGCUUCGUCGAGGAGUUCAAUCUCAGCACCACCAAGUAAAAAGUCUGCUACAAAUAUCUUCAGCGAGCUCGAUAUGGUUGGUCGUGUGGUGUUCGGAAUGCCCACUCCUGAAAGUGGUAGUCUUGGAGCGCCAAAAGCAAAUUCUUCUUCCGGUUCCUUGAAUUCCAUGGCAUCAAAAACUCCCGAGCCUGCUAAACAGCUGCCAUCUGAAGUAGUCGAACGACAACAACAACAACAACAAGAAGCUUCAAUAGAACUUCCUUCGCUGUCAUCACUCCCCGCUAUCAACACAUCUGCAAUCCAACCGCAUCCCACUCACAAUCAGCCAAUUCGAGUCUUUCCGGUAGAAGGUGGUAGUUCGGUUGAUGGUGAAGAGGGUGGUGCUUCGGUAGAUGUUAUGCUCCACUGCACGGCCAAUAAGCCGCAUCCUUCUGUGGUGGUUUUCGUUGCAGUGGUUACCAAUCGAAGUGCUCUUCCACUUACUAAUCUUCUGCUUCGAUUUGGAGUGGAAAAGCCUCUCAAGGUUCGCCAGCUUGAACUGUCGUCUUCUCAUCUCCCUGAGUUUUGUCCCUUCCUUCCACCAAGUCCUGCACAACAGACAAUCUACGUUCAACGACCUCCGACACUUGAGGUGAGUUAUCUUCAACACCGCCUUCCUUUUAUCAUUGCGGAGGGGGGGGGGGGUUUCUACUGCUCUUUUGUCACGUAG